UUUUUUUUUGUUGUUCCAAGGGGGACUAACGCGGGGAGACAGCCGGGGAGACUGACACAGGAACAAAAAAGAAAUCAUAAAAUAAGCGGUCAACUAUUUUACCGGAUCAAUUCACUGCUCGCGCUUCCCUCCAAAACCCCCUGAAGACAAUCUUCCUCCCGGUUUUCCCCCUUCAUCUUGUUGGUGUGUGACGGGCGACUCACCGAGCACGCUGGCCAGGCCGUCGGCGAUCGGCUGUGUUUGUGGAGUGUGUGUGAGUGUGUGUGUGUCGGGUGUCGCACCACCAUGCCAAGGUCUUUCUUGGUGAAAAAGGUGAAAUUGGAUGAUUUCUCCACCGGGGCGGAUUUGGAGAACGCCUACCGGCACAGGACAGACCUCAGCCUGCGGCUUCAUGACAAAGCUGGUUACAUCAGCGACUACAUCAGCCCUGUUGUGUACGAUGGUGAGAGUGACAGUGGGAUCAAGGUGCCCUCACCCGACCCCCUCUAUGAUGGUAUCCACAGUGACUACGGGGCCCCUGACUCUGAAUCCCCUGACAGUCCCGGCUCAGAAAUCACUGACGGUUACAUCAACGGAGAUGCUGCUGUGAGUGAGGGUUACACAGUCGAUGCCUUCUUCAUCACCGAUGGCCGCUCGAGGAGGAAAGCUCUCAGCAGUCCCAGGACCAUCCAGAGGCACACCUGCAACGAGUGCGGCAAAACCUACGCCACGUCUUCCAACCUGAGCCGGCACAAACAGACACACCGCUCGCUGGACAGCAAGCUGGCAAAGAAAUGUCCCACCUGCGGGAAGGUGUACGUGUCCAUGCCCGCCAUGGCCAUGCACCUGCUCACUCACGACCUCAAGCACAAGUGUGAUGUGUGUGGGAAAGCGUUCAGUCGACCCUGGCUUUUACAGGGCCACAUGCGCUCUCACACGGGCGAGAAGCCGUUUGGAUGCGCGCACUGCGGGAAGGCCUUCGCAGACCGCUCGAACCUGCGCGCUCACAUGCAGACCCACUCGGCCUUCAAACACUUCAAGUGCAAACGCUGCAACAAGACCUUCGCGCUCAAGAGUUACCUGAACAAGCACUACGAGUCUGCCUGCUUCAAAGGCCCCUUCUCUCCUCUAGGUCCCCUAGAUGCAUGACCCCCCUGCAUAGAUAAAACAACUGACAAAACUGCAGACAUAAAUUACCAUUAUCCUUACAGACUGACCUGCAGACACAAACAAUCUAUUUUUGGUCAGAAUAUGACCUUGCUUUCCCGCCUUCCCUUUCUCUCACUUGCCCUUCACCUUGCUUUCCCUUGGAGCCUACUCAUGAUGAUGAAGAUGACGAAGAUAGCACAAUUUUUCCUCCUUGAGUUUUGCCCACUUAAGGAUUUAACUGAUGUACGCAUGCACUUCCUCAAGAACUGUUCACCUCCUCUUCCUCUGUCUGUUCUGGAUAGAGACAAUAAUACUAAAAUGGCUUCCCUCUGGCAUCUAGAUACAGUACGGCACCAUAUAUUUUGGGACACUGAUGGUGAUGAGGACGACGACAAAGACAAUAGUAAGCCUAUAGCUACUGGGUUCCUUCCUGCACUGAAACACAGUGAAAGAGUUUUUCCUUCUGAUUUUGUUUUUUGGGGGAAUAAUAGUAAUAAUAAUAGUAAUAAUAAUGAUAAUAAUAAUAAUAAUGUUCUGCUGCACCAAGUGACCAUAUUCUCUCCACU